AUGCCACCGCCGCCAACUCUGACCACCACCGCCGCCCACCGACGACAUGACCACUGCAACACUGCCACUGCAACCAUCGCCGCCACCACCGCCCGACCCGCCACCUUCGCUACCGCCACCCGCCGCCACUCACCUCCGUCCCCACCACCGCCACCCAUCGUCGCCACUGCCACCUCCGAUCAUUGCCGCCACCGACCUUCGCCACCACCGUCGCUGCCACUUUCGAUUACCGCCACCACCCACGUCUACCACCACCACCACCCACCAUCGCCGCUGCCCACCUGCGCCACUAUUGCCGCCACCACACAUCGUCGACACUGCUACAACCUCCCGACCACCGCCUCAACACCAUCUCCAACGCCACCAUCGCCACCCCCACCGCCACCACCACCAUCGCCACCGCGGCCACCCUCCUCGUCGUCACCCACCACCACCGCAGCUAUCACCACCCGUUGCCAUUACCACCUACCACCGCCGCCACCCAUCGUCGCCCGUACAAUUGCCACCUAUCACCACCCGCCAUCAUUGCCCACCACUGACCGCCACUAUCCGAUUUUAUUCCUUCUUCUUUUCUUGCCAACCAAACAAUAA